CUGCUCCUCCCUUGCUCUUUCCUCAGCCCCCCCCCCCCCCAGGCGCCUCCUCCUUGGCGCCCUUGGGGGAAAACUGGCGGCUUCACCAGCUUUUAUUACAGUUCUUUUAAUCGCAGUUUGUGUUCUUUUGUGUAAUUUUAAAAAGUGCCCCUCUUUUGCAGAUGGUUCCCCCCCCCUCCCAGGCCUUGUUCCUGGCCUUUCUCCAGGUGUCCAGCAGAGCUAGCCUUUGUAUUUUGUACAGGAAGGGUGAGUGACCCCACGCGUCUUUCUGUUGUCGAUUAAGUUACUGAGCUCCAGGCUUCCCUCGCCAUCCCAUGCUGCCACCCACCACCACUGGCGUUGCUGUGGUAACCUGCCAGGCAGAAGAGGAUGCUCUGGUCCCCAGGAGGACGGGGGAAGGAAGAGGGUUGGGGGAUUCUUCCCAACCUUGUCACCCGCAGAGAAGCUGAGCCCCUUCGUGGCCUGGGUGUGAAUCCUUUGGGGAAACUGCUAAUUCCUGCCAUCCCUGCCACCUAAUUCCACCCAGGUGAAUCCUUCCCACUCAGCCCCCCCCGACCCCCCCAGCAAGUCAGCCUCAGAGGGAUCCCAGCUUGAUGAGAAGCCAGAGGCCAAAGUGGCCAGCUGGCGCCCAGAGCUUUUCUCUGCCGCCUCUUGUGCCCCCCCAAGCCAUCCUGAUCCAACCCCCAGACUGAAAAGUGGGGAGCCAGAUGGCUGGACAGGCACGUCCUUGUGCUUUUUAAUGGCUGGCAGGUCAAACAGCAACAAGGUGGGACAGUAGGAUCGUGUGGCCACCCGGAGCAGGUAUUUUUUGGUAGCUAAGAAAGACCAGCCUGGAACUGACGCCCAGCUUGUGAGGGUGAAGAUUCAUGGGUGCCCUGCAAGUCCCAGCCCGGAAGCGGAAGCGGAAGCCCAGGAGUCGGCUGGAUGUCAAAGACACCGCCUGCCAGUGGAACGCGGCAAUCCUAACCUGAGCUGGUGUGGUGGCCCCUGCGGCCAUCUUAAACUGCUGGGGUUUUUUGUUUUUUUUUUUUGUCCAAGCACAUCAAGCCAUUGCCAUCCCUUUCUUGCUGAAGAUAGAAUAGUUUUCCUUGGAAGCUUCAUCCUUCUUCCCGAAUAGGCUGCCGGGGGGGGGGGGGAGUGGACGACUCGGGAUGCCCCUGUUCCUAAAGGGGCCGUGGGCGGCAGGGUCUGAAGGGGCGUCCUCAGGGCAGCUGCUCAGGGACUGAAGACCCACAAAGAAGAGGGAUAUUUAUGAUGAAUUUGCUUUUUGACAGAUUUGGCGUGUGCCAACCGGUCCUGGUAUGUGGCGAGCUUAGAGGCAGUGGGGUGCUGACCCGUCCCCACAGAGAGCCCACCGGAGGGCAGGAUGCCCAGUGCUACAGAGCCUCUGCCUCUCGCAGCAUGACCCAUGUUGGGGAGCCCCUUCUGUAGCCAUGAGAGCCCAUGGAGCCUCCACAUUCAGGAGCAGUAUAGCAUGAAUGCCAGUUGGCACAAAUGGGCAAGCUGUCCUGUCGUGUCCUGUUAACGUGGUUGAUCCAAGAAGGCGAACGCUAGAUGGAAGAGAAGAGGCAGAGUAGACUUCAGGCUUCCCUUUCUGGAGCUUGGCUGGCCGGCCUUUCCUGGCCCCAGACCUUUAGCCCACCUGGCUGCAGGUGAGAAGGGCACUCCCUGCCCGCCCUCUUCCUGGCAACGUCACCCUGAGCAAGACGUGGCCGGCUUCUGGCCAAGCUGUCCAAACAGCCUUCCUUCUACUGGGUGUGGGGACCACAGGUUGCCCUCUGAUUUGGGGGAGGGGGGGCUGGGACAAGCAGGGAGAGUUGCUGCUGCAGGCCAAGGAGGAGUCUGGCCAAGGAAAAGAGGGCCCGUGAUUAAUGGAGGGCAGGCUGGGCAGCCUUCCCGGACCCCUUUCCUAAGAUGAGGGGAGUAGAACUGGGGCGGCUUUGCCCAGGGCAGGGGGUCCCAAGAGGAAUCCGCCCAGCGAGAAGACAUCCCUGGCAUUCUGACUGCUCUCAGAGGCCGUCUUCCUGCUGCACCUGCAGACCAGGGAUGGGGGAAAGUCUUCCAGUUCUCCCCAGCCCCACGGGUGGUGGGAAAGAAGAGACUUGGCUGGAAGGCCCUCUCCUCUGAUUGGCUGGGAAAGAGAGAGCCUCCCUCUCCCAAAGCAAAUUCAGCGAAGGGGGUUGGGAGGGGGGCAAGCACCGUGCCUCUCAGGUGGGUCCUCUGGAAAGCUGCAGGUCAACUCCCCUUCCUCUGCCCUGUGACGUUGGCCAGAUGUUCCUGGUGGAUUCCUGCCUCCUGCUCUGCGCUGGACGCGUCCCCUUUAAGGGCUGCCAGUGCCCGCUGGGGGCGCUGUGGAGCCCAGGAGGGGUCUGUGCCGGCCGCCAAGCAGGUGCCGGAGCCUCUGCUGCGGGUGUCCAGGCGAGGUGAGCCAUGACGUCUUCUGAAGAGGGAGCCCCCCCCAUCCCUUUCCAAGUGCUGGCAUCAUCUGGACCCAGCAGCCCUCUGGGCAUGAAGAGGGGCAUCCCUUCCUAGGCCAGCGCCCCCUCUGCCUCGCUCAGGAGGCUUUUUGAUGCAGAGCGAGAGCUUUGUUCCAGCAGAAUCUCCUGCCGAGAAAGCUGAGUUGUGGGAGGGGGAGAGAGAGAGACACGCUUCUAGACAUGUGCAGAGUGCGUUUCCUCCCCAAGCUGCGAGGCAGAGGAUGCCAGAGGCUGAUCUUAGUCUCUGUCUGAACCAGCCAAGCUUCUCUUCCUCCUGGCCCGGCCUUCAUUGGAAUUUCCCAGCGUGCAUUGCUUCCCAAAAGAGGCCUGGGUGCCUUCACUGAGAUGAUCUGAGGAGGGCUGGAGAGGAGCAGGACGCUGAUUCUAAGAUGACCCGAACAGACCCACCUGACGUCCUGGUGUCUGCCGUGUAUCAGGACGUCCCCGUGGCCUCCGUGGGCUCCACCUGCUCUGCCUUCUGCCAGCCCACCUGGCGAUGUGAUUCCUCCAUGUCUUCGUCCCUGGAGAACCAGCCUGCCCAACACUUCAACAAGAGACACUGUCGCAGCUUCGAUUUCCUGGAGUCUCUCGACGACCCACCGCCUGUGGCUCCCGUCAUGGAGCGGCAUCCCCGGCGGCCCCCCACGCCAGAGCCCUCCUCGGCUCCCGUUGGCAAGAGGGUGUCUCUCCGGGCUGCUCUGCAGGAAAACUACAUUUCCCAGGGGAAGGAGGUGCCAAAGGAACUGGCUUCCCGAGCCGAGCCCAAGAGGCGGCCCCGAUCCAAGAGCGCGCCCCGCGUCAAAUCCACCUUCACUCCUGUGGGUGUCCCUAUGUCUUCGGGCUCCCCACCAGCCCCAGCCAGGAGAGGACGGGAAGUCCAUCGAGUGUCCCGAGAGCCCCAGCGGGCAGAAGCGUCCCCUCGCCGGGAGAGCAGCUACGCCUCCAUGAAAGCCUUGAUGAGCGAGGUGCACCCCAUCAAGCUGCAGCCUCAGCGGGCCGGCGGCAGCCGCAUUUCGCCUCUCUGUGUCACGGGAGCAAACUGCCCUGAAGAGGCUGCCCUGGCCCCCAGGCCCCCACCGCCCAGCGUGCAUGUCAAGCGUCGGGUGGACAUUAAGCCAGAUGAGGCUGCUGUACUGCAUGCAGCUCGCAGUGCCAAGGGGUCACAUGGCCAUGGUGAGGCUCUCCUGCCCUGGCCUCGACCUCCAGGCACGCCCCAUAGCUUGACCGUGCCCAGCAGCAGGCAAGUGCCCAUGUCUCGCACUCCCACGCCCAGUGAUACUUAUAGUGGGGAACAGCGAGGGCUGGCCCCUUACCCCCCUGAAUUUUGUGACGGAGGUCCUGCUGUGCCUGAAAGUGGCUGCCUUCCUUACAUCCCCUACGUGCCCCCAAAGUUCUUCUACACGGAGGAGCCGGGCAGCUACAAGUCCUACCCUCCUUCUUACGGGGGCCAGGUCCUCCCGCCCCAAACCUUUUAUGCAGAAGAGCCUCCCCCAGGGGGCUUUUACCCUCUUCCGGCGAGAACCUUUUUUGUGGAGGAAAACAGGACUCCUUUUCCCAUUCAGGAGGCCCCUGCUCAGGCUUACUAUGGGGACGACCCACGCCUUUACACUCCCAGGACCCUUCCCGCAAAAGCGGUUUACCCUGAAGACCCCAGGCCUUACCCCGCCUUGAGGGCCAACCCACGCAUCUUCUAUACAGAAGACUAUGGGAAAUACCACGAGCGGGAAGCCCUGUCUCGCACUUACCCCCAUUCCCGUGUGGCUCCCUCAGUGCAGUUUAACGACUGGUACUGCUCCGAAAGGGGGACGGUGCCCUACCCAACUUGGCAGAUGGCCCGCUUUCCAGCUCAUCAGCCUGCCUCCCAAGCCAUGCUGUCGUCGUGGCACGCCAGCUAUAGCGUCGGUCCUCCCCGGCUUGGCAUGGACACCAGGCACUACUCCAGAUCCUGGGACAAUAUUUUGACCCCUCACGUGCGCCGGGAAGACCAGCUGCUGCGUGGCCGUAGCUACGAGAACCUGCUGUCGCGCGACCCGCAUCGUGCUUUCUCCCCUGAUGACCGGCGUCAGCCAGUGGUGGUGAACCUGUCCAGCUCUCCCAAGCGUUACGCUGCCCUUUCCCUCUCGGAGAAUUCCCUCAUUGAGAAGAUGCACGCUGACCGGGGGCGCCAUGGUUGGUUCGUCACGCCAGAGAUCACUAUCACAGACAACGACAUCCGAGCCAACAACGGGCUUGGCAGGCGUGAGAGGCGGUCAGCCAGCUGGGAUGUACUGGAUUCGGGGGAUGCCCGGGACAGGGGCUGCGUCCCACGCCAGCCCUAUGGCCCGGAGCCCCAUGCCGGAGAAAGCGCCGCCUGCCAGCGUAGCCUGGAACAGUUGGACGAGCUCAUCACCGACCUGGUCAUCGACUACAAGCCGCCUUCCGUUUGCCCACCUGGCCAGGUCAGCAACCUGGCCGAUCAGCUGCGGCAGUUGAUCAGCGAUGGGCUGGGGCUGCCUGCCAAGAAGCCGGAGCCCUGGAGACCCGUGGAGCCCCAUCCCACCAAAGAGCAGCCUGGCCGCAGCUCCUUCCACGACGAGCUGCGGAAGGACCAGGGCCGCCGCUCUGCCGAGCCCCCGGGCCCCCCCAGGCCCUCGGAGACAGGCCCGGAGGAUUGUUCCCCAGAUCUCAGUGCUGACGAGGACGACCUGAUGAUGUGCUCCAACGCCAAGUGCCGCCGCACAGAGACCAUGUUCAAUGCCUGCCUCUACUUCAAGUCCUGCCACAGCUGCUACACCUACUAUUGUUCCCGCCACUGCCGGCGGGAGGACUGGGACACCCACAAGGAGAGCUGCAUCUACGGGCGGAUUGGUAGCACCUGCCGCCACGUGCUGCAGUUCUGCCGGGAGAAUGGCGAGGUGCACAAGGCCUUUUCCCGCAUAGCCAAGGUGGGCUUCCUGUCCCGGGGCCGGGGGGUGCUCUUUCUGGGCUUCCCCAGUGCAGGCUCCGCCGAGAACUUCCUGCAGUUUGGCCUGGAAAGCUUGCUGAUGUCCCCCACUUACCUGUCGCUCCGGGAGUUGGAGGGCUAUUCAGACAACCUUGGGGAAUACGCCCAGGAGCUGCAGGAGGCGGGCCAGCAGUACGACCCCCAGGAAUGUUUCCUGCUGAAUGUGACCGUGGCGGUGGGGCAGGAGGUGCCUGACCGCCCACCCCCCAAGGCACAGGUGCCAACCGUCCGCAAGUACGCCAAGAUGGCCUUGGCGUCCUCCAGCCCCGAGAAGAAGAUCCUCAAGAAAGAGCGAGAUAUGGAGACGCUGAUCUUGACGCCCCCUCCCGGCACGGCCGACCUAGACAAGGACGGUGAGGAAGGACGCAAAGCGCGAGAAGUUUGCUUCAUCAACAUCCAGCGCGAACUGCGCAUCCGUGGCGUCUUCCUGCGGCACGAGUUCCCGAAGGUUUACGAGCAGCUGUGUGCGUUUGUGGAGAGCAACCAGCGCUUCACACCCACCACCAUCUACCCCAUUGACAAGAGGACCGGCAGGCAGUUCAUGUGCAUGAUCCUGGCCGCCUCCGAGCCGCGCACCCUCGACUGGGUGGCCAGUCCCAACCUCCUGGACGACCUCAUGUGAGCCGGCCUCUCCUUCCCUCCUCCUCUGACGUCAGUGCUCAAGGUGGUGGCUAGUCUGUCCCGCUUCUUUCCAAGCAAGGACUGGUCGAGACUUGGCCCAGCAAGGGACGGAGCCCCUGGGAGAGCGUGGCCCUGCGCUGGUGGCCGUUUGUUCGCCCUUCCUGGACGUGGGCAUUUCUCAUUGUUUGAAAGACGAGUCCAAAUCUGGUCACCUUCAGAAAAGCAGAUAUUUUAGGAAUCCCAUGCUUUGUUGGUCAACUUUUAAGAUAACCAUGCUCAGCCUUACAGUCCAUUUUAUUUCUUAAUUCCUCCAGACAAGAAUGUUCUUACUUCAUGGGGUGAUUUCCUUUAUUAUGAAAAAUUGAUCCUGGAGAAUAAAAGUGAGGUAGGGGGAGUUUGCCACUGGCAUUUUAGUUGGGGAUCCUUCUCCCUGUCAGCUUCAUCUUGCCAUUUUGCAGCUGGGCUUGGCAGAGGGUGGGUUGCAGUAUUGUCCUCCUCCCCCCCCUCCAUCUGCUGUCCUGUAAUAAACCAAGAGGGGGGGGACUGUCAGCUUGGGCAUACUGUGCGUGGAGGGGGGAGGUUGAGUCACUUCCCACCAGUGAUGCCUCCUCCUCCCAUCCAGGCAGGGAAAUCCAGGUCAGGAGCUGUGAGGAGGAAGAGCGGUUGCUAAGGUGAUGCUCCAUCCCUUGCAGGAAGGUGGGAAGGGGGUCACUGCAGCCGGCAAAGAGCUCGCCUCUUCCCCAUCCCUUGGCUGAGGCUCCUGGAGGAGUCUUUCGUGCCUGGCAAAGUGAAGGGCUGCACACAAGAGAGCCUCCUCGGUCCCAAAGUGGUUGGGUAUGCAUGGGGAAUUGGGUGGGGAGGGCUGUGUGAUUGUUUUUUGCCUGGGGAAGGAAAAUGUAUAACGCAGAAUAGAUUUGAGCGGAGAAGAGAGCUCCCAGGCUCUGCCUCUGGAGAAGCGCUGGACAAACCUUGCUGCUGUGUUCCGAGUUAGGUCUGGAGACCUAAGAAACCUAUUUGAUUAAAGAUACGCUGUGGCUUGGGAAGGAGACCGCUUCCAGCAUCUCUGCAUAGGUCCCUGCUCUAACCAGGUUGCUUCCCUCCCUUUUUCUUGCAGAGAGUAGUCUGUCGGUUGCCCCAUUCUCAUGCUUGUUCAGGCCUAUGAGGAAAGCUGGGGAAUCUGCCAAGGGCCACUGCGUCUUCCUAACGCGUCUUCCUAAAUCUCUCGGGUGUAUUGAGUAAGCAAGAGAGCGAGGGGAGGUGGGGGUUUCAGGAACCAGGUGAAGACAGAGGGCUGCAUGUGUGUGUGUGUGUGUGUAUUUCACUGCAGUGUGAGCAUCCUCAGGACCCCAAAUGUGAAUGGCUGGAGGGAGGGAGGAGGAAGCUGGCCUGGAAUAUCCCUCAGCUCUGGUAUUGCCCCAAUGUGACAAAGGUGCGGCUGCUUCAUCCAUUGCACUAAACUGUAAGGCAUGCCCUGUUUUAGCAGAGUAAGCUACAGUGGCACUCUGGAAGCAGACUUCUGCUCUCCUCUAAAGAAAAGUCCCUCUGCCAAGGGGGAAAUGAGCUCUUGGUCUGCAGGCAGCCCCCUCCCCCUUUCUGGCAGGCUAGCUGGAGGACCAGAGGCCCCCCUUCUACCCCGUGUGGCCCCUCAAGUCCCUUCUCCAGGAUUCCCUGGUGAGCUUUAUGAGCUCCCCCCCCCCAGGAGAAGUUUGCUGAUCCGUUUGCUUGGAUUUUGCUUGUGGGGUGGGAUAGGGUGGGGGAAUCAAAAACACUCUCUAGAAAAACUGGCUGGAAAGAAGUGGUUGUGGCUGAAAAGUUAGAAAGGUUUUCUCUUGCUCGGCAUUUUCUGACAUUACUAUUGUUCCAGGUCUGCUGGUUUCCCACACUGCAGUUUGGAUAAUAAAAAAAUAAACAUAUGAAUAAAUAUAUACACCCAGACACGCUCGUAUAAAUAUAUAGAUACAUAGAUAUAUAUAACUGAGACAAACUAUUCCGUUUGAAUAAACAUAAACAAUAACUUGAA